AUGUACCUACGACUCUCCACUCAAGUCAACUUCUAUUCAACCCAACCGACCCUCCGAGUGGACCGACCGUUGGUUCGUGUAGCCGCGUCUGGAAGAGCGUUUCGUGUAUCUGUUGUCACGCGAACACGACGGUGGAUCUGUUGGCGCCUUCUUUGGGUCUCGGUGACAAUUUGCACGGCGUUGUCUACUCCUCAAAAGACACUAGGAUUUAGACAAGAGAUCAACUGCUACACAUGCCUGGCCCAGAACUCGGAUGGUGGAGAAACGCGAGAUCAAAUGGAGAGCGCUUUCCUUGACGCAGAACACUUCCAUUCAGCCCAGUUUAGAGUCGAGGUUGUAGUCCACUCCGGAGGGUAUCUUCUGGAUGCAAGACGAAACGAGACGCGGCGAGAAAGUUGCAGCUCUUCUGCCAUGCAGCAGAACCCGUACCAGCCGGUCACGGAAGACGUUCAUCCAUUUAGAUGGGCCUUUUAA